GGUCGACGCCUUGCCGUGCCCCGCGGGGUGAGCGCCUGACGUAAUCACAUGCUGCCUGCUACAAAAGCUGUUUCAUUUCUCCUCGCCUGACAGGCGGUCGUGUUCGUCGCAGCGCUUAGUGCAGGAGGCUGUGAGUCAUUUGUAACGUCCCGGCGAUGUAGCGCAUGUCGCUGGGAUUGCGGAAUGCGUUAAGCCCACGGUCUGUGACGUACAGCUGUUCGUCUUCUGGUGCUGAGAAGUCAUGGAUUCACCAGCGUACGGUCGCAAUUUCCGUGCUGCACCUUCGGUUCAGGGACGGAGACAGGGUGCCUGUGGCUCGCGAAGGCGUUGUGCCGCAAACGACGCGAUCGCAGUAUCGAAGUGUGACCCUACGAGCUGCCGAUGACGUUGACAGCAGCGUGGACGAUCCGUUGCUGGUUGUUCAGCGUCAAGCGCCAGUUUGUGUUCCUGUUGACAGAUAUUACUUUGUAAAAAAUGUCUUCCUUUUAUUGGGAGUCGUUCUCAUGCUACCCUGGAACUUCACAACGAACGCUAGCGAUUUUUGGAUGUACAAGUUCAGGAACGUGUCCCUGCCGUACGACUACACGUUCACAAACAAGACAGAGCUGCAAGCGCAUCUAUUCGGUGCUUUCUCAGUGGCCAGCUCGUUUCCUUCGCUCAUAGCUGUCUACCUGGGAACACUUUUUAAUCACAGAAUCGGGCAGGACGUUCGGAAUAUUAUGGGGUUUGUUCUGUGCAUCACCUUCUUCGCAAUAGUGACUGCGUUUGUGAAGAUCAACACUGACAGUUGGCAAGUUGGAUUCUUCGUUCUCACAGUCGUCCUCAUAUCACUCCUGAAUGCUUUCGUGUCGUGGCUUCAAGGAGGAAUCAUCGGACUGGCAGCACUGUUGCCCUCGGAUUACAUGCACAGUCUGGUCAUUGGAAUGGCGGUUGGUGGCCUGUUUGCUUCGGUGAUGCAAAUCAUCUGCCUGCUGGGUCACACGGAUCCCACAACUGCGGCACUGGCCUAUUUCCUCCUCGCCAUCUUUGUCUUCGUGGCUGCCCUGGCGUGCUUCUUGUUCAUGCUGUCUUCGGACUUCUUUGUGCACUGCGUGAAGAACCCUGAAGCGAGCAUCCAAGAUCUGAUUACAGAAAGUGACCUUGAGAUCAAGGCCUCUACUACUCUAAUAUUACGAAAGGUUUGGCCACAGGCAGCGUCCGCGCUUUACGUCAUGGCCGUCUCUAUGGCCGUCUUCCCAGCAGUCGCCGUGCUCGUGGUGUCACGGAACGUCGAGUCGGGAUCCGUGUGGACAGGCAGGUUCUUCUUGCCCGUUUGUGGAUAUUUGCUGUUCAAUGCUGGCGAUCUGACUGGAAGGAUUGUCUGCUCUUACUUGCCCCUGAACGAAAAACACGAGCACACAGUUCUGUGGCUAACCCUGGCACGCACGGUGUUCGUACCGCUGUUCAUGCUGUGCAAUGCGCAUCCUCGGCAUUAUCUUCCUGUUGUGUUGGACUCGGACGUUGCCUUCAUUGCUCUCAUGACCGUAUUCGCAUUCACCAAUGGGUACCUGCUCAGUGCGUCCAUGAUGCAGGCCUCUAGGAAAGUGGCCAGCUACCUCCAGGAAAAAACAGGAUUCCUGAUGUGCUCGGCCAUCAUGACUGGCCUGACGAUCGGAGGCUUCACCUCGGUUCUCCUCAUCAAACUGCUGUGAUGUGAACGUGUUCCUCCGAGCUGUCGUCUCCCAUCGUGGUUGCUUGUGCAGAAGUUGUGGUGACGGCAUAUCAUCGAGCGUGUGACUCUGGCAGCACCUGUGAUAUGAGUCCACAACGUUGUUUGGGAAACUGUGCAUUUAUUUAUCUCGCAAGAACAUUAGUUCCGUACACGUGCGAACCCUGCGGUACACCGCUUGGCAUACGGACCCGGUGGUCCGUAUGUCAAGCAACUGAAGCACACGUCAUUCUUCAUCCGUAUGUGUACCUUCGUAUCUGUGCAAAGUGAAGAAGCUCUGAAAAGUCAUCUCUUAGGUUGCCACUGUUGAGGCCAAUGUGGUGCGACGGACAUUGAGCGUGUGUGCCUCUUGGCCAAAACUGGUACUCAGUGAAUUCUUACACCAAACAGCACCGACGUAUAGUGUUUUGUAUGUAUCACCAGGUACGCAUAGGAGUGCUAUGCAUUUUUAAGUUUGACUGGCCAAAAUGCCACC